AUGGCGGACAUCGACUUUGAGGUGCCUGUGCUGGCCGACGACCUUUACAAGGACCGCGUUCGCAUCGCGAGUGAGUUCCUCGAGAGCGAACACCCGGGUCUGUCGGACCAUCGCGAUGCCUGUCGUAAGAUGCUUCGGGCCGACGAGCGCCGGCUAAUCGUCAACAUUGACGAGGUGCGAUCCUUCAACCGCGAGUUCGCGACGGGCCUUCUGGACGAGCCCAACGACUUCCUUCCCGCCUUUGACGCCGCGCUGCGAAGUCUCGUUGAACUGCUACGCGACCCGCUCAAGGAUGACAUCAGCCAGAAGCAAUUCUACAUCGGCCUUCGAGGCAGCUUUGGCGAUCAUCACGUCAACCCUCGGACGCUAAGAAGCGUGCACCUCGGCAAGAUGGUAAGCCUCGAAGGCAUCGUCACUAGAUGCUCCCUUGUUCGGCCCAAGAUCAUCAAGUCGGUCCAUUACGCAGAGAAGACUAGCACGUUUUACUCGCGCGACUAUCGCGACGCGACCAUGUUGGGCAACCUGCCACCUUCGUCGACGGCCUAUCCGACCCAAGACCCCGAUGGAAAUCCCUUGACUACAGAGUUCGGCUACAGCAUCUUCCGAGACCAUCAGAUGAUCAGCAUCCAAGAAAUGCCCGAGCGCGCGCCCCCCGGACAGCUGCCGCGCUCCAUCGACGUCGUUAUGGAUGAUGAUCUCGUCGACAGGUGCAAGCCAGGCGACCGCAUUCAGCUCGUGGGCAUGUUCAGAAGUUUGGGCAAUCGCGUUGGCCAGAGCAGCACGUCCACUUUCAAGACCUUGAUGCUUGGCAACAACAUCAGCCUCCUCUCGUCCAAGGCCGGCGGUGGCAUUGCGGCCGCCCACAUUACCGACACAGACAUCCGCAACAUCAACAAGAUUGGCAAGAAGAAGAAGAACGUCUUUAGCCUCUUGUCGCAGUCCCUUGCGCCCUCCAUCUACGGCCACGACUACAUCAAGAAGGCCGUGCUACUGCUGCUGCUGGGUGGUGAGGAGAAGAAUUUGGCCAACGGCACCCACAUCCGUGGUGACAUCAACAUUCUCAUGGUGGGCGACCCUUCCACGGCAAAGUCCCAGAUGCUUCGCUUCGUCCUCAACACUGCUCCGCUUGCGAUUGCCACGACGGGCCGUGGCAGCAGUGGUGUCGGUCUCACAGCGGCUGUGACGAGCGACAAGGAGACGGGCGAAAGGAGGCUCGAGGCUGGUGCCAUGGUGCUUGCCGACCGUGGCGUGGUGUGCAUCGACGAGUUUGACAAGAUGUCCGACGUGGACCGCGUGGCCAUUCACGAAGUCAUGGAGCAGCAGACGGUGACGAUUGCAAAGGCAGGCAUCCACACCAGCCUCAACGCUCGGUGCAGCGUCAUUGCUGCCGCCAACCCAAUCUACGGCCAGUACGACGUGCACAAGGACCCUCAUCGAAACAUUGCGCUGCCCGACUCGCUCCUCUCGCGUUUCGACUUGCUCUUUGUCGUGACGGACGAUGUCGACGAGCAGCGCGACCGCAUGAUCUCGGAGCACGUCUUGCGCAUGCAUCGCUACCUCCAGCCAGGCCUCGACGAGGGCCAACCCGCUCGCGACAACCUCGAUCAGGCGCUCGACAUGGGUGCGCCCUCGGAGGGCACCGACGCAGAUGGCGCCGCCAUGCUCGGCGACACCUCGCCCUACGAAAAAUACAAUGCCCUGCUCCACGCCGGCAUCACCGCAGGUAACGAGUCUGGCGGGUCUUCCAGCAGCAGCAACAAGAAAAAAGAGGUGCUGAGCAUCGCCUUUGUCAAGAAGUACAUCCAGUACGCAAAGCAGCGCAUUCACCCCGUCAUGACAAAGGGCGCCGCCGAAUGGAUCGUCAACGUGUAUGCCAACCUUCGAAACGACGAGCUGGCGGGUAACCAGCGCAAGACGAGCCCACUGACGGCCAGGACGCUCGAGACGCUCAUCCGUCUCGCCACGGCCCACGCCAAGUCGAGGCUGAGCAGCAAGGUCGACGAGCGAGACGCAGAGGUGGCAGAGGAGAUUCUCAGGUUUGCCCUCUUCAAGGAGGUCAUUCGGACCGGCAAGGGCAAGACGAACAAGAAGAGGCGGACCGAGAGGGGAAGCAAGAGCCCAGACUCGGACAGCAGCGACGAGGGCGACAGCGACGAGGACGGCAUGCCCGAGGCCGGUGAGAGCGAAGAGGACGACGAGGUGGCGCGAGCAAAGGACGUCCCGCGCACCCCGGCGUACAAGGGCACAGGCGCCUACCAGACGAGGGGUCUGACGCAGAGCGGCGGAAGCCCUGCCAAGGGCAAAGGACGGGCGACGGCAGGGGCGUUCGACCCCGAUGGAGAACUCGUCAUGGACGAGGACGACGAGGAAGACGCAGAAGCCCUCGAGGCGAUGCGUGACAUUGAAGCCUCCGGUCCGGCACACCAGAGCUCCCCCGCCCGUCCGCCCGCUGGCUCUGGCUCAUCGGCGGCGAUCAUCUCGUCGGACCGGAUCGACGCUUUCCGCGCGAGGCUGGCCGACGCAAUGUCGAGCCAAGGCCCGCUCGCAGAGGAAGAGUCGAUGCAGCUUGACGGCCUGCUGCCCAUCCUCAACCAGGGCCUGCAGGCCAGGGACCUCUACGACAUCAAUGAGGCCAGAGCGGCGCUCGAGGCCAUGAACGAGGCCAGCGAGGUCAUGUUCAGCCAAGAUGUCGUCUACCGCUUGUGA